UGAAGAUGUUCGGACGGAUUGGGGGCAAUGCCUUGCGGUGUGCGGUGCGCCGACCUGGUGCACGGAGGAAUCUUCUGUGCGAGCGCAGGUUUUCGGCCCAUUCUUCUCAUGCCAGUCCCAACUCGACCGUGCCCUCGGCUGCCUCACCUUUGGGCAGUAUUACGACCGAGUUGGAUCGGAUCUCGCCUUGCUUUGAGAUCAGUGCGGAGAGGAUUGAGAUCUUGAACUCUCCUGCUAGCUUCUAUAAUACCCUCAAGAGCAAAAUUCGCAACGCGAAACGACGCAUCUAUCUCUCGACCUUGUAUAUCGGCAAGACUGAGCAUGAGUUGAUCGCGACUUUGGAUCAAGCGCUCCGCGCAAACCCCGAGCUCAAAGUGUCCAUUCUCACCGACUGCCUUCGAGGAACGCGCGAGUCACCAGAUCCUUCCUGCGCAUCACUUCUAGCUUCCCUCGUCACGAACCAUGGGCCCGAUCGUGUGGAAAUCCGAAUGUUUCACACCCCGAAUUUGACGGGACUCAGGAAGAGAUGGAUUCCCCGUAGAAUCAAUGAGGGAUGGGGUCUGCAACACAUGAAGCUGUAUGGCUUUGACGACGAGAUUAUCCUCUCGGGUGCAAACUUGUCAAAUGACUACUUCACGAACCGCCUCGAUCGAUAUCACGUCUUCAGCUCGAAAGAGCUAGCUGACUAUUACGCCAGCAUUCAUCAUGCUGUCUGCAGCCUCAGCUACCAGGUGCUCCCCGACCCGCACAACACUGCUGGAUACCUCCUGGACUGGCCCAAGUCCAAUGGUGCACCGUGCCCUCUGGACGACCCAGAGAAGUUCGUCUCGUACUCCUCGACAUUCCUGAAACCGUUUGUCCAGCCCAAUAUCAACAAGAAGAACGCACUUCGGCCCAAGCGUUCCACUCACGCCUACGUCUACCCGGUGGCGCAAUUCACUUCUUUGUUGAAACCUGAUAUCUCCACUGAAUUCCCAGCUGUCACCUCCAUUCUCCGUCUCCUAUCCACCUCCCCCACUUUCUCCGGUGCCCGCUGGCUCUUCACGGCGGGAUACUUCAACAUCCACCCUGUCCUUUCCUCUCUCUUGAUCGCAAGCACCGCCCCGGCGCACACCACAUCCACUACGCGUGGCACCGUUCUCACCGCUUCCCCCUGGGCCAACGGAUUCUAUGGUUCACGGGGCAUCUCCGGCAUGCUUCCCGCCGCAUAUACCCAUUUGUCCGCCAAAUUCCUCGACCAGGUAGCCUUGGCCCAGCGCACGGAUUCCGUCCAGCUCAAAGAAUGGCGUCGCGGCACCGUCGGGGAGCCUGAUGGAUGGACCUACCACGCCAAGGGACUGUGGAUCACCCUACCCAAGGACGAAUACCCCUGCUUGACUUUCGUCGGCAGCAGCAACUACACCAAACGCAGCUACAGCCUGGAUCUAGAGGUGGGUGCGGUUGUUGUCACGGAAGAUCAGACGCUCAAACGCAGGUUGGGCGCCGAGACGGAGUGGCUACAGAAGGAUUCCAAGGCCAUCUCGCGAGAGGACCUGCGGCGAACGGAACGACGGGUGAGCUGGAAUGUUCGUCUAGCCAUGUGGAUUGUCGAGAAGGUGGGAGGGGCCUUUUAGAUCUGACAGAUUCUUUCUUUGUAUACCCCCUUGGCAUUGAUGUAUGUAUGUAUGUAUGUAUGAUAUAAGUGAUGUCUUGUACAAUGAUUGCAUGAAUGAAUAUGCGGAGGAUGUCUAGGCAUCCAGCCAUAUUCGGGAUAUGAAAUU